AUGGUUCUAUACAAACGUAAACCACUGGUGUUGCCAAUCCCUGGACCUUUACCUGCAAACAUCAACGUUAAAGUUUGGCACAUCAACGAGACGGGAGAAUGGUUCCCGCGAUACACAGACUACUUGGAACGAAUGGAUUUCUACAUGAGACGUCAGUUUACGUGUGAGAUCACCGGAUCUUCGUUUUUAACGUUUUUCGAGGCCCUUAACAGCGAGGAAGCCGAGUUUCGGCUGGUUGAGGAAAAAUUCCCUCUCAAGCUACGGGAGCCCGUGGCGAAAUUCAUGCACUUCAAUGAAAUCGGGCGAGUGGAUUUGCUCGUGGAACGCACGCAUUCUCGAUUUAGAAAUGACUUCUACCCAGGCGAAAGAGUGUUUUUAAGACGCAAGAACGACAGAACAGCAGAAGAACCAGCCACAAAUGGCCAUAAACCCUACGUUAUCAAGGAAAAAGCCAGUUUCAAUGCAAUUUUCGACGUAACGGGCUCGAAAGUCGUCAAACCGGCUUUUUCGAAAUACAUGAUAACCGAAGAGUUUGGGAUCAAUUCACUCAUGGUGGACCAGAACGACAUCUACAGAGAUCGCACAACUUUCACAAAACACUUAAUUAAAUGUUUCUGCAAAAUUACUCUGAGAAGGACUUCAGCCAAAAGUGGAGCACCAUUGUGCGUCAAGGACGAAUAUCUCGCCAUGUAUGGAUUAACCAUGGACUGGCCGGCUUCCAUGUUAAAAUACAAAGACGAGGUUCCAGAUCCUCGCUCUUCGCGACCCAACAGCCAGCGGACCCAAAAUGGCGCCAAGUCAUCGCAGCAUCCACAACCUUUUCCAGACACUAAGAGACCCACUGACAGCAUAAUUACUGGACAAGAUAAUAAAAAGCCAAAGUUCGCGCUUGAAAAAGAACUAAGUCCCUCACCGGCACCCUUCAUAGGCGAUGACAGGCCCAAGCCUUAUAACGGACCCAAUCCAGCUAUUGCCAAUGCAUUUUACUAUAAUAAGGACCUGGACUAUAUUCCGGUAAAGCAUCCGGGCAAACGAUUUGCCUACACGUAUAAACUGUUGGAAGUUUUUCAGUUUUGUCAAACGUUCAGUAAAGUGUUAUUACUGUCACCGUUCAGCUUGGACAGCUUUGUUAAAAGCUUACAGGCUACGGACAUCAAGACUGCAGCUACUUUUGUUGUCAAAGGCAAUAUCAAUCCAUCGCUACUUGAUAAACCCUCCAGUCAUGAAUCACCGGCGAAGAAUGGAAACAAUACCCAGAAUACCGCUGUAGAGCAUGCAGAGAAGCGAAAACCGGGCCUCUGCCACUUUAUCGAGGAUCAUAGCUCAUCAUAUGCCCGUUUCGAAAUAUCUACAUCUAACGAACAUGACAGCAUUGCAGUUGAUGAUAUCGAUUGUCGUGGGCCAUCAUUGCUCUUAGAGUGCUUUGUUGCACUUGAGCGUCUUUUCAUCAGCGAAAACGGAGAUUGGAAGUGCAUGGUAAUGGACAAAUGGUACGACGAAGAUGAACUAGUUGGAAAAUCAGCAAUGACCGAUUCAGUCAAAUCCGAUCCUGAAGACAAUCGGGAAGAAGAUGUUGUUGCUCACGCAAAAAAGGAAGAUGAUGCCUUGAAUGAUCCUGAAAUAGACGAACUACUGGAAAGGUGUCUGAAUUUUCGUAAGAUCUCUUGGACAGAACGCUUAUCCAAAAGGCAGUUCAAAAAUGGAUUAUGGAUCAUAAUCUUGCUAGGAAUUUUCCAAGAUUGUAUGCACAUACCGACGUACACAAAGUUUGCACACAAGUUUAUCAGAGCUAUCGUUCCAUCUGAAGGCUCUGCAACAAACUUAAACAAAGUUCUCUGGCUGAAUUUUUGCGAAAAGUUGAGUUUGGAGGAUAAGGUUUUCGCUUUAUGGAUAUUGGUGGAUAUAACAUCCAACUUUUCGCAGGAGAUCAGGAGCUACGUCGAGGAUACAUUAGACGUAUGCACUCAAAUUCGAAGCGAAAAGCUCAAGUUGUCGAGGCGACUAAAAUCCGAACUUCAGGAUUUGUCGCAAUUGUCAGUACCGCCCGAAGGAUCGAUUGAAGUACAGGAAGAAAUCGAUCAGCAUCAAGCCACGAUCGAUAAAAUAAAUCGAGACAGAAGGUAUUUAACCGAGAAAUUAAUUGAAAAUGAUGUCCGAAGAUUGAGGGCUUUGGGCGCAGACAGAAAUGGAAACAGGUACUACUGGCAAGAAUUAAGUGGUGUUCAGAGGUUUCGAGAAGAUGAUCUUCCAGAUAUCGGAUCUGGUAGGCUGUGGGUUCGGGGAACUAGCGUUAGAGAUUCAGAACGGCUUUUCAACAUUCCUCAGGACCGAUUAUCCGCCUGGAAAAAACUGGCCACCGAAAACUCGAUAUCUGUGGCAAAUGCCAAAAUAUUUCGAAUAAGAAGAACAGAUGAAGGAGCUGUCAUUGAUGAGAGCGCUGAUGAAAACUCAACAAUAAUUUUUGCCGAUGGGAAGGUUAACUAUGCUGUUAUCGAUACUUGCGCACUUUACAAAAAAAUCAUAGAUGAGACACCGGAGCAAGCAUUGUUAAGUGACUCUCAAUGGGUGGCUAUCGAGAGGCCUGAUGAUAUCAAUGAGCUAAUUUCAUGGUCUUCAGAAUAUGGGAACAGCGAUCAGGCUCUACCUAAACAACUAAGGGCAAUCAAGGAAUCUUUAUUGAAAAGUUUGGGGCGGCGAAAAGAACAACUUUUCACCGUGGUAGAAGUUGCAGCUUUCAAGCGUUUAGAAGAAGCAAUGAAUCAAAAUGUGGUCAGCGAAAGCGAACUUGAGCAAUGCCAGGUAAGUGGACAAGAAAAACAAGUUGUAGAUGACGAUGAUGCGCUUGAAGAGAUUGUUACAGAGAUAAUGGAACUUGACGAUGGGUCUCAAACCGAAACCUCACUCAAGAGAAUCAGAGAACUCGAAGAGCGUCGCGAUUAUAUCCUCAAUGCACGCACAUUCAAAGACCACGCAGAUAGGCAGCAAUCGAAAGCUCUUCGGAAAGCGACAUUCAAUACCAUUACGGAAAAAGUCAAAAACCAGGAAGCUGCUCUGGCAUCCUACAUGAAUGAUGUGGUUCAAAAUGCAAACCCGGCAGAAAAACUGUGGAGUAACGAACUGGCCAGAAGUUUAUGGAACACCUCCCUGUAUCUUGGGGCCAGUGGAAAGCCCAUCGUCCGUAAUAAACUUUCGGUGAAAGAAAGAAUGACUGAGAUAUUUGAUGGAAUGACAAGCUCGCCCCAAAAAAAAUCCUGA